GGGCAUCACCCUCCGCGGCCAAUGAUGGGCCCUGCUGGGCGGGGGUCUCUGGGGUCCCUGCCAGGCUGGGGGCACCUGAGGGGGCGUGUGGGGUCUCCAGGGGGGCUCCAUUGUCCCUGCUAUGUUGUGGGGGCUCCAGGUCCUUGCUGGACAGGGGCUGGGGUAGUUGGGUUGGGCAGUGGCCUCCUCUGGACCCUCCCCAGAUUCCCCGCGGCCCUCCUGAAGCGCCGCUCCCCCUGCGGCCUGGCCAGCGCCGCGUGGAGGGGGAGCAGCGCCUCCCUCGACGUGUUGGUCGUGCAUCUGCUAGGACACGACAAGAGACUCUUCUCAAGAUGCAGCUGCUGCCCUGGCCAUCUCUUGCCGGGAAAGCACCUGGGGAUCCUGGGCUCCACUUACUGGAGAAGGCUCCUCAGCAGUCCACCAGCCCUGGAAGCUCCCCACCUGCUCACACGGCCUCUCUCAGACGAAGCAAAACUGGGCACGAUGGCACCCGGGGCAGAGCUGGUGCUGCGGUGCGGAAAGUGCGCUCAUGCUGGAGACCACAGGCACCAGGAGGACAAGAGCUUCCCAAGACGGGCAUCAUGCCCCAAAGAACCCCUGUCUUCGCGAGGGCCGUGUCCGAGUACAUCUCCUCCAGAGAGACCAGCCACAGCACACGGUCCAGCCCGCAGCACCGGCUCUCUUGUUGGGGCGCAUAGACCAGGAUUCCCCAUCCGGAGCCAAACCUGGCAGGAGAUGAAGGGUUUCACCUCCCUUGCCCCCAUCUCAGCCUCAAGCCCCUGUCGCACGGGGUGGGGGGAGCUGCUGCUCUCCUCUGCUGCUCGGUGGGACGAGUUCUUGCCGUCUGUGCAUGCGAGCGAGCCUGGAGCCGGGCACAGAGGAGCGAAAGGAGGAAAGGCUGCGGAUCCUGCACCCGUGCGAAUGCACUGGGAUGCUGGACCUGCUCUUGCUGAGCCCAACUCCAGCUGCAGACAAAGCUCCCAAGGGCUCUUGGUAGAAGGGGGGCAGCACCCACUGAAACCUCCCCCUGCCCAUUUGAUACUGGAAGUCCUCCUCGCAGGGCAGCAGGUCAUGAGGAACCACCGUGGGGGGCGACUCUGCUUUCUAGAGCCGUCUCAGAUCUUGCUGCACAAACUGUUCUUGGGGAUACGGGCUCCUGCCAGUCUCAUUUCCUACCAACAACUUGAAGAAGAAAAACUCACAGCAGUGAGACCGUAAUAAUCUGCAGAGACUUCAGUGCAAGCGCUGGAUGAAGUUUUGAGACCUGGCCUGGUGUCGUGGCCAAGCACCGAGUUGGUGAUAGGAGCGAACACGGCCAGCGAGGGCUAAGCCCUUGCAGGUCCAAACCGACCUGCUUCACUGGAGAAUCACAAGGAAGACAUGGUGGAAACACCCAAGAUCAAGGCAUUGGCACUAAUUACAGCUAGUAGUGACCAGGCACGGCCACCUGAAAGACAUCCUGCAUACAAGGUCUGAUCACAGCGUGACUGCGACCCUGGCUGUGCCCUCAUCCCCUGCAGAGUCAACGCCAGGGAAGAUCCACCGUAGCGCAGCGACCCAUGGGCCUCAAACCGAUGAUGCAGAAGGAUGCAGACAGUUCAGUGAAGAUGCCAUGAGACUCACAUUUACCGAACAACUUGUCCCCGAGGCCAGGGAGAGCGGAAACACUGGCGUGUGCAAUGCUGCUGUACCAGUGCUUGGCAAAACCUGCACGAAACCUGUGGACUGGUGUGAAGAGCACUCGCCCCCUCGUGCCACUGGUGGAGAACAAAGCACAGCGCUAACCACCUCCCCGCACCACAGCCCCGGACACUGGCCUCAUACGGCCCCCACAAAUUAGCCCUGCCACCCGUGUCCUCCAUAAGUCCCACUCCCCUUGCCCCCCACGUGAGUCUCAGCACCCCUGCAUCCCUGACCCCCCCAC